GCCAUGCCUUACGCUAACCAACCGAUUGUAACACUUACGAGUUACAACAAUGAGAAUAUCAAGUUUAUCAUCGAAGAGACUGAUUUGAGCGUUGCGAAUGCCAUUCGCCGUGUUUGCAUCGCAGAGGUCCCAACGCUCGCAAUCGACUGGGUGCAAAUUGAGGAGAACAACACUAUGCUAAACGAUGAGUUCAUCGCCCAACGCGUCGGUCUCAUUCCUUUGACAUCAGACAACGUGGUUGAUAAGAUGAGCUACUUCCGUGAGUGUUCCUGUCGCGAAUUUUGUGAACAGUGCUCUGUGGAGCUCACUCUGGACGUGUGUUGUACAACAGACGCACCUACGCAUGUGACAGGUGCCGAUUUGAUUAGCAGCAAUCGGGACGUUCAACCUGUGCCUUCGCGAGAUCCAGAUGAUGCUUCCUAUGUGGGACAGGAAUCCAUUCUUAUCGUAAAAAUGCGAAAGGGACAGCGUCUGAAAUUGCGAGCCAUCGCGAAAAAAGGGUUCGGCAAGGAGCAUGCCAAAUGGAAUUCGACUGCUGGAGUUGCUUUCGAAUACGAUCCGGAUAACGCGUUGCGUCACACGUUUCUGCAAAAACCGGAAGAGUGGCCCCGGUCGGAGUACUCAUCUUUGCCAGAGAAUGAGCAUCAAGCUCCUUAUGAUCCGUUUGGAAAGCCGAACCGCUUCUUCUUCAAUGUGGAAUCCUGUGGCUCUCUUCAACCCAAGAAUAUCGUGUUCUCUGCUCUGGAUGUGUUGAAAAAGAAGUUGCAAAAUUUAUUGGAUAAUCUGACACAGGAAAGUUUUUGAAUCCCCUAUCACCUAUGCGCCUCAUUGUGUACAUACAAUUCCAUCCUUA